UAUAAGUACUUUAUUUAUUCGACUUGUUCUAUUACGACUCGCUAGUUUAGUCUAAACCAUGGAACGUUACGUUGGUAAAGUUGCUAUUGUCACCGGCGCCAGUGCUGGAAUUGGUGAGGCUACCGUUGAUAGCUUGACCAAAGCUGGCAUGAAGGUUGUUGGUUUGGCUCGUCGUGUUGAACGUGUUCAAGCUCUAGCCGACAAACUUUCCAAGGAAGGUGCUAAAGGAAAACUUUAUGCGGUGAAGUGUGACAUGCGUGUUGAAGACGAUAUCGUGAAGGCUUUUGAAUGGACUACUAAAAACGUUGGAAAUGUCCAGGUACUUAUUAACAACGCUGGAGUUAUUGGAGCCAAUUCCAAUCUUGCUGAAGGCAUUACUGAAGAGUGGCGUAAAGUUAUCGAAACUAACGUCCUGGGUCUUUGCAUUGCUACUAGGGAAGCUACCAAGAUCAUGAAGGCAAACAAAAUUGAAGGGCAUAUUAUUCAUAUCAAUAGUAUUGCUGGUCAAUCCCAUCUGUUCUUCCCAACAAUUGGAGUCUACGGAGCAUCAAAACAUGCUGUUACCAACCUCACCGAGAUUUUAAGACAGGAGAUGGUUGCGCAGAAAACUAAUAUCAAAGUCACCAGCAUUAGUCCUGGUGCCGUGAAAACCGAAAUUAUUGACAUGGCAAUUUUGACUGAAGAAAUGAAGAAGUUGUUUGCUGAUAUGCCGUUUUUAGACAGCCAGGAUAUUGCCGACGCCGUGCUUUAUGUUUUGGGUGUGCCACAUAGGGUUCAAAUUAAUGAACUCACUAUACGUCCACUCAAUUCAAGCCAUUAAUGUGUUGAGUGUUAUGUUUGUUAAUAAAUUGAGUUAUCGCUGUUGAAAUUAUAAAAUCACAUCAUAUCUGAUAUUGAUUAUGAAAUAAAUAUUGUAUUAUUUGCACUCAAUAUAUUUCAAAAUUGUAUAGUA